ACACUCGCCGCAGUGGGCGUGGCUCUGCUCUCCGCUCUGCCCACUGCCUCCGCCGGCUUGUAUCUCAAGAGCUCGCCUGUCGUGCAGGUAGAUGCAAAGAACUACGAUAAGCUCGUAGCUCGAUCCAAUUACACCACUGUCGUGGAGUUCUAUGCACCGUGGUGCGGCCACUGCCAGAAUCUUAAGCCAGCCUACGAGAAGGCAGCCAAGAACCUGGACGGAUUGGCCCAGGUCGCAGCUGUGAACUGCGAUGAGGACGCGAACAAGCCUCUCUGCGGGCAGUUUGGCGUCCAAGGUUUCCCGACCAUCAAAAUCGUGAGGCCCGGCAAGAAGAUCGGCAAGCCUAUGGUCGAAGACUACAACGGACCGCGGACUGCCAAGGGAAUUGUCGACAUCCUCGUCGACAAGAUCAACAACCACGUGAAGAGAGUGACGGACAAAGACAUCGACAGCUUCCUGGAAACCAACAACGAGACGGCCAAAGCGAUCCUAUUUACCGAGAAGGGAACCACGAGUGCCCUGCUGAAGAGCAUUGCCAUUGACUUCCUGGAUGUGAUCCCGGUGGCUCAAGUCCGAAACAAGGACACCAAGACCAAUGAGUUGUUCAACAUCAAGUCGUACCCGUCAUUGGUCCUUCUUCCCGGCGGCGAGGCUUCCGGCAUCUUGUACGAUGGUGACAUGAAGAAGGAGGCCAUGGUCAAAUUCCUCUCGCAAGCCGGUGCGCCGAACACUAACACGGCAUCAGAGAAGCCUAAGGCAGCGAAGAAGGAAAAGAAAGAGAAGGCUUCAUCGAAGAGCACGGCGGCAACUGACGAGUCUACUUCAACCAUCGUUGUCGAGCCCGAGGCCACGAAGGUGGCUGAGGUUGCACCUGCCAUUCCGGCUAUCACCGACACAGCCAAGCUCACAAAAGAGUGUCUCGGUCCCAAGACCGGAACCUGUAUUCUGGCUCUUGUUCCACAGUCUCACGGUGACGAGGCCGAAAAAGCUCUGACCAGCUUGUCCGAGAUUGCCUUCAAGCAUGCCCAGAGUCAACGCCACCUCUUCCCCUUCUUCGAAGUUCAUGCCGAGAACGAAGGCGUCGCGGCGCUGGCUAAAAGUCUUGAGGUAGCGGGUGACAUCGAGAUCAUUGCCGUCAAUGGCAAGCGUGGCUGGUGGCGACACUUCGGGGGAAGCGAUUUUGGCGUCGAGAGUGUGGAGAGCUGGAUUGACGCCAUACGUCUGAGCGAGGGUGUCAAGAAGAAGCUUCCUGAGGGUGUCAUUGUCGAGCCCGCUGUUGAGGAGCCC